AUGCCACCAAUCCCGAAUGUGCCUGAUUAUCGACGGGUCAUCUUGUACCACCAAACACUCAUUCCCGGCGAUGGCCCUUACGUGUCCAUGCUGCCGCUGCUGGAAAAGAAAACUGGCGUGACACACGUCAUUCUAGCAGCCUUCCAUCUCAAUGAUGACCCAAACCACAUUACACUGAACGAUGACCCACCUGGUAACCCUAAAUACGAUCCGCUAUGGGCAGAAGUGCCUAUCAUGAAGCAGGGAGGGGUAAAGAUCAUGGGCAUGCUUGGCGGAGCCGCGCCAGGUUCUUUCUCACGGCUGGACGGCGAUAUAGACCAAUUUGAGCGAUACUACAGACCCCUUCUCAGUAUCGUCCAGCGACACAACCUUGAUGGUCUGGAUCUGGAUGUGGAAGAGCCCAUGUCUUUGGCCGGUAUCAUUCGCUUAAUUGAUCGCCUGAAGGCUGAUCUAGGUGACACCUUCAUUGUGACAUUGGCGCCGGUCGCCGCUGCGCUGCUCGGGCUUGGAAACCUCUCGGGCUUUGACUAUCGGGAGCUUGAGCAGGCACGUUCCUCCAAGAUUAGCUGGUACAAUGCGCAGUUCUAUAAUGGGUGGGGCCCUGCUGAGGAUCCCAGGAUGUACGCUGCUAUGGUCGCCCAGGGCUGGUCCCCGCGCCGUGUUGUAUAUGGGUUGCUGGCAAACCCCGGCAACGGAACGCAGGGGUAUGUUUCUGGGGAAAAGAUAGGGCCUAUCUUGGCAACGCUGGUGGAACAAUUUCCGAAUUUCGGCGGGGUGAUGGGGUGGGAGUACUUCAAUGCCUUGCCUGGUGGGGCAGCUGAGCCAUGGCGAUGGGCAGCUGAAAUGACCUUGAACAUGGGAAUGAAGGAUCUGGUUACAGCAGCUCGCCAAGUUCUUGCAGCCGGACCCAUGGCCAGCAGCUUGAACAAUUUACUGCAAGAUAUGAUGAAUCAAAGGCGUUGA